UGCCAACCUGAUCUAAUCAGCUGCGACGCUUUGGCAUAUAUUUUCAAUAAAAACAAUGGGAGAAGUUAAACCCGUAAAAAUGGACAACUGGACGCCCUCUGACUCCACAACAUUAUUUGCUGACGGGGAGCGUGUGCUUUGCUUUCACGGGCCGCUUAUCUAUGAAGCCAAAGUACUCAAAACAAAACCGGAAAGUUCGCCGGUUGAAUAUUAUAUACAUUAUGCGGGUUGGAGCAAGAACUGGGAUGAGUGGGUGCCAGAGAGUCGUGUGCUAAAAUACAAUGACGACAACGUAAAGCGCCAAAAGGAGCUCGCACGACUGUACGUUGAACGCUCGAAAAAGGAUAAUAAAAAAGGCAGUGCAAAGGCUAAAAAAAUGGAGCAUGUAGGCAAUGAAUCCCGUGCGUCGACACCCUCUAAGGACAGCAGCCAAUCUCAGCCAUCAUCAGGCGCCAGCAGCGCCACAACCAGCACACCCAUCGCUGCCGCACAAUCAAAGACCAAAAAUGAUGGCAGCAAUAGCAGCAGCAGUAGCGCAACCACAAGCAACAAUACCCCCAUCACGACCACAACUAGUCGAAGCAACCGCAAGUCCACACAAUCCGCUACAGCUGCAGCUCGUCCAAGCACACCGAGUGCUGACAAAAAAGAGGAUGCAACAGCUGCCGAUAAUACAGAAGAGGAGCCCGCUACACCCACAGCGCCGCCGCCGCCUAAAGCCAAACGCAUGAGCUCCCAAAAUAGCAAUAGCGAACAACGUUCAUCUCAGAGUGGCAAUGGAAUAGACGCCGCCUCAGCACCGCAGUCAACAACAACAGCUGCUGCAGCAACAACCACGACAACAACAUCAACGCCAACAGCAGCAACCACAACAACAGCAGUUGCUGAUGCACCGUGUGUUGAGAGCGAGGAGACCUACACGGCAAAGCUGGAAGUGAAAAUAAAGAUACCCGAUGAGCUGAAGCACUAUCUGACCGAUGAUUGGUAUGCGAUAGUGCGUGAGCACAAGCUCUUGGAGCUGCCGGCCAAGGUAACAGUUCAGCAGAUCGCAGAUCAGUAUUUGGCGCACAAGAAGUCGGUGAAGUCGACCAGUGCCAGCAAAGAGGUGGCCAUUAACGAUGUCCUCGAUGGUAUUAUCGAGUAUUUCAAUGUGAUGCUUGGCUCCCAGCUGCUGUAUAAGUUCGAGCGCACCCAGUAUGCGGACAUAAUGCAAAAGAAUCCGGAUACGCCGCUAUCUGAACUGUACGGCUCCUUUCAUCUGCUGCGCCUGUUUGUGCGACUUGGCUCGAUGCUGAGCUACUCGGCCUUGGAUCAACCGGCAAUGCAAACCUUGUUGGCACACUUGCAUGAUUUCCUCAAGUUUCUGGUGAAGAACAGCGCCAUGUACUUUAGCAUGACAAACUUCAUUAAUGUCGAUCCGGAAUAUGUGCGAAAUGCUCAGUAGACAUUUAGCUAGGUAAACCUCUUUAAUUUGUACGCGAUUUGAAUUAGAGUGUUGCUACUCACAACUGGCUUGUAAUAUAACAAGGAAAUCACCCAUUUAGACUUUGUAUAAACAAAUAAAUCGUCUUCGGCCUCUUGUAUAA